CAUCUUCAAAUUAGUAGGUAGCUAUCCUAUUCCCAUUAUUAUUAUUAUUAUUAUUUAUUUUUACCUUUAAUCUAAGUAUUAAAAAUAUUUACAAUGAAAAAAGAAUGACUUAGAAUGAAAGAAGAUUUAUAAUGGGAAAAACACACAAUUAUUUGUGUUAGAAUAUGAAUUUUCCUAGUCUUUUUUUAACACUAUCCACUGCCAAGUACUGCAAAGAUGUCUAUAUUCAUUUGAGUUUGACUGUAGUCCUGUUUGGAACACUGGUCUGUAUAUUUGGUGGUUUAUUCUACUUAAUUGUGUAGUAUUGGCCACCAUUGCACAAGUAAUUUCUUGAUUUGUCUCUCAUUUGUGAGAGUGUAUUCUCCCGACCUACUGGAUUUCAAUAGCUCUCAUGUAUGAAAGGAGCCUGCUGUGGAUAGGCAACUUUGAUGCAAAGAUUUUGGAGCAGGUCAUCUCGGGUAGUUGGUGAUUUACAAAGGGUCCAAAAUGACCUCAGCUGUGUCCCAUGACCUUUGCUCUAGUUUAUACCCCUAAUGGUCAACCGGGUAAACAUUUGUCAAUAUUCGCAACAAGGAUACAGCAAUGCUCUUAAGUCUGCUUGGGAGCCACCAACAGUUUAAUCUAUUCUACAGAGAAAUAUUAGAGACUGACACCAGACACUUGAACUGACAGCUUACAGUACAUGAUGGUUGGCCAUCCUGAUAACGCCUACUUUAUUUCUCGACCCAUCUACUCCAAACGAGCCUUUGAUGAGGAUCAUGAGAGACAGAUGCUGAAACACAGGACAUUCAGGGAGAAAAUCAGCUCUUCCUGCAGAUGCUCUAGUAGCCAGGUCAAACCUGCUCUUAAGGGACUUUUUCCAAUCCUGGAUUGGCUGCUCAAGUAUCCAGUAAAGCUGUGGCUUCCUAGUGAUAUCAUCUCAGGAGCCAGCACAGGAUUAGUGUGCUGUUUACAAGGCUUGGCUUAUGCUUUGCUGGUGUCUGUUGCUCCUGUAUAUGGUCUUUAUUCUGCUUUCUUCCCAAUCCUCACCUACUUCUUUCUGGGAACCUCUCGACACAUAUCUGUGGGUCCAUUUCCAGUCACCUGCCUGAUGGUGGGUUCUGUGGUUUUGACUCUUGCUCCCGAUGAGCAGUUCAUUCAUCCUUGGAAUGGGAGCACUGUAAAUGGGUCAUGGGUGGGCACAGAGGAAGUGGAUAUUAAUGCAAUGGAAGCCCAAAGAAUUGCAAUAGCCUCAACUAUGACUGUACUAAUUGGAUUGUUUCAGUUGGCAAUGGGAAUUCUCCAUGUGGGCUUCUUGGUGCGCUACCUGUCUGAUCCAUUGGUAGGAGGCUUCACCACGGCAGCUGCUUUCCACGUGUUCAUCUCUCAACUCAAAAUGGUUGUGUCUGUUCCCACCCACAGCCAUAAUGGCUUCUUCUCAAUUGCCUAUACUCUCAGUGAUGUGUUUCACAAUAUUAAGCAAACCAUUAUGGCUGACCUGGUUGCUGGUUUAUUGGCCAUAAUUAUAGUGGUGGUAGUGAAAGAGAUCAACACCAAAUUUCAGCAUAAGAUUCCAGUGCCAGUCCCCAUUGAAGUGAUUGUGACAGUGAUUGCUACAGGAAUCUCCUAUGCAUUGGAUCUAAAAUCCCAUUAUGGUGCCAAUAUUGUUGACACCAUUCCAAGAGGGUUUGUUCCAGCACACUUUCCAAGUAUAGAGCUCUUUGGGGAUAUUGUUGGGUCCAGUUUUUCUACUGCAGUUGUGGGAUAUGCAGUAUCAAUAUCAGUGGCUAAAGUCUAUGCUACAAAGUAUGAUUAUAAAAUUGAUGGUAAUCAGGAAUUGAUAGCCUUUGGAAUCAGCAACAUUUUCUGUGGCUGUUUCUCAGGCUUUGUGGCUACCACUGCACUCUCACGUACAGCAAUACAGGAGGGCACAGGAGGCAAGACUCAGGUAGCAGGGUUGAUCUCAGCUCUGAUGAUGCUUAUAGUAAUCAUGGGCCUUGGGCCUCUACUGCAACCACUGCAGAAGUCAGUGUUGGCUGGCAUAGUCAUUGCCAACCUGAAGGGCAUGUUCAUGCAACUAAAUGAUGUCCCCAUAUUGUGGAGGAAGAAUAGGACAGACUGUUAUAUUUGGGUGUUUACAUGCACUGCCUGCAUUGUACUGGGGUUGGAUGUGGGUUUGCUGACAGGCAUAGUAUUUGAGCUUGGAACCGUGGUGGUCAGGACACAGUUCCCUUCCUGUUCAACCCUUGGGAAUAUACCAGGCACUGAUAUCUACAGGAAUAUGAAAGACUACAAAAAUAUAAAUGGGAUUUCUGGAAUAAAGAUUUUCAAAUGCAACUCACCCAUAUAUUUCGCCAACAUUGACUACUUCAAAGAGCAGUUACGAGAUACUGUGGGAUUUGAUGCUGUGCAGGUGUUCAAGAAGAGGAACAAAGCAUUAAAGAAGAUUCAUAAACUAGUUAAAAAGGGGUCUUUGAAAGUCACAGAGUGUGGCUUGGUAUCAGUUGACCCUCUAGGUGUAAUUAAUGAGGGGUUUGAGCAGGACCCUGAGCAGGUGGAUGGUGGACCACAGCAGGAAGUGCAAGAUGGAGCUCGAACAGACGUGGUUGAUGAGGUACGAGUGGACUGGACGGCUGCAUUGCCUGUAAAUGUCACAGUCCCUAUAGUCAACAUCCACAGCUUGGUUAUGGAUUUUACUGCUGUCUCCUUCCUGGAUGUGAUGGCUGCCAAGUCCCUCAAACUGAUCAUAAAGGAAUUCAUACGCAUCGGUGUCAGCGUCUAUAUUGCUGGCUGUGAUGAUGAUACUGUCAGGAGGAUGGAGGACCUGUGUUUCUUUGAUGAAGUGGUGACCAGAGACCUGCUCUUCCUGUCUGUCCAUGAUGCCAUCCUCUUUCUCAAGCUGGAAAAAUCCAGUAGGAAUAUAUCAGACCCCAUGGCAGAUACGAUAUCACAGAUGCAGGACGACAAGGCGCCACCACCAUUCACUGAAGAUGAAAACCAGAUUGAGACCUAUGACAACCAGCACCUGGCUAUUCAUGAACUCUCAGUCUCAGUUUGAGCAAAUUAUCUGAGUUGUUCAUGAAGAAGAUGCUCUCUUCCUACUGACUCAAGCUAUCACCAAAUAUCAAUAUGUAUAGGUCCCUAUACUAAACACUCAUAUGCUUUAUAAGUUAAUAUUGUGACUAGUUUCACUGUGCAUUACAAUCUAUUUGAUCUGAAACAGCAACGGACGCAAAACGCAAAAAAGGCCAGACACAUUCAAGUAUUUUAAGGAGGAAUGUUUGCUAACAGUACAUUAGAGGAUAUCCACAUAAACACCUGACUUCCUCCCCUGCUAUACAAUUCAAUGUUGGGAACAGGACUGAGGACCUUAAAUGAACCCAGGAAAAAUUACUGGACCAUUUCUCUGUAUAUGUGUAACCACACAAUACAAAAAAUUAAUAAUGUAAGAAUGGAAUCAAUUUUAUAGCAACAUAGAACUUUCAGUGAUUAAAUCCAACAAGGUUGAAUGUGGUAAUAAAGAAUGAGAGUUGUUGUGUUGACAUGUUGUGUUGUCCUCAGUGCAUUUUUGGUUGGUGUUUUAGAAUGAAAUGUCACAAAUGUACUGUAUAUAUUAUCACUGACAUUCACAGUAUUAAGGCUUGCUUUGGUAAAAUCCUUGACAUAACAUUUUAGAUACAAAGAAUCAUUGUGUGUUCAUGCUACAUAUUAGUUGUAUUUAUCUCACACUUGUGUUUCGAGUUUAUGCCAUAAAAGUAACCAGUGUUUCAGUGUUACAAGUAAGAAAAACAUUCAUUUAACUAAACUGCCCAUUUAUCAAAUGAUAACUUUCUAAAAUAAAAAUGUGAAUGUCUUUGAACUACUUUUUUACAUCACUAUUUUCUUUGGUUGACAAACUUAGUUUUGGUCUCAUAUUACCUAGCAUUGGUAAGUCACUAAGGGCACAAACAUAAGGCCCACAGAUAAAUCCCAGUUUAUUUACAUGAACAAUAAUUUUAUGUUUUAAUAUCCACAUGAAUUAAAGGAUGCUUUAAAAUAUUAGUUUUGGCCAUUAUAUCCUCUGUAUGACUCAUAUGACUCUAGUUUUUGAUUAUUCACAGCAGUUUUUAACCCUAUUAUUAUAUUAGAAAAAAUGUUACAUUCAUUAUGUUAUAGGUCAAAAUGUCUUCCACUGUUUAAGUACACACAAAAACAGCAAAGAACAGCUUGAAACAGUAAACCUUUAAGAAGAAAUAUUUGCAUAUAAGUUCAUGAAUGAGGAAUGAGGAAAGUCAAAAAAUUUCAAAGAGAACAAGAGAUUAACCAGUAUUCCAGACAUCUGAAAUCUGGGAAUGGGGCAAAUUGACCCAUAACAUAAUAAACAUUUGUGCAACAUGGACAACACUUUGCUACAAUAAAGCACUUGUGUUCCUUG